UGAAAGCUUGAUAUGGAAUCUGAAGAAGUCAUCUACGAUAUUGAGAAAUUAAAAUCUGGGUCUCAAGUUAUUCUCUUAAGACAUGCUCAAACUGUAUUUAACAAAGCAUCUCAAGCACUAGAAGAUAUACCAUCAUCAACAGAAGAAGACGAGAAAAUUUUGAAAACAAGUAAAGAAUUGAGAGAUUCGACAUUAUCUCCUGAUGGGAUUUCUCAAUGUGAGAAAGCACAGCCUGCUGCUAAUCUUCUGAAUAUCCACACUAUUUUUGUAUCUCCAUACAGAAGAGCUCUUCAAACUGUGCAUAAUAUAUUCAAGGAUCAUCCUGCAAUUAAUGACAUCAGAGUUGUGGUACUCCCUUGUCUGAGAGAAUUUUUGAACUGCACACACGAUGUUCCUGUCAACAUUGAUGACGUUAUUUCCGAGUACAAGGAUUUCUUCCCUAACUUUGAUACCUCUGCUUUUGAUGAAUUUGAAGAUAGGUUACACUACUUCCUAGAAGAUCUUGAUGAAGAUAAAAGGGAAUAUAUUCUUGAUAAAAAAGAGGAAAAGGAAGCUGAUCCUCUCAAGUCUAAUGUGUUCGAUAUCAUUAUGGAGAUGUUUCUAGACACCUUUCCAGUAGCUAACGAGUCUGUCAGAAGUAUCUAUAAUAGAGGCCAGAAAGCUCGUCAGGUAGUACAAGAGCUUUUGGAUAGUGGAGUUGUUGAACCCGAUCAAAAAGUUAUUGUCUGAGCUCAUAGCACACUCUUUAAAGUUUGGACCAACAAAUGGGAAAAGGAACCUGAAGGCAAUGAUCCUUUACCCAAACCAGACAACUUCACAUGGCUAAAGAACUGAGAAUUUAUGAAUGAUGAUCAUUAUUUUCCAAUAAAGAAAUAA